GGAGCGGGGACGCAUCAAUUUGUACAGUCUUCACCCUGCACCGAGCAGAAAGCGCUUCUUCUUCUCCUGCGUUAUUGUUAUGAUCGGCGCAACAUGAGCCCGCCGCCGGUGACAGCCUCCCGGACUCGUGCGUGGCCGCUCGCGACCUGAGGGAGCACGCGUCGCUGGAUGUUGUAGGUUCAGGUCCUUCUGAUGUUGUAACGAGAAGCCAGUUCAGUCUUUUCAGUGGCUCGUGCGGUAAAAUGGACUCAGCCGAGAAGAAGUAAUGAAAACACGGACACACAAAGAAUCGAUGCCGAUGCGCAGCGGGAGGCGGCGAGGGGCAAGCGAAGAGAGGCGGGGCCGGCGGCCGCAUGCCAGCCCAAGUCGCCCGGAACGCAAUGAUAGACAGACGCAAAGGGGUGCUGGCGAGGAAUUGGCUGGAAACCGCUUCAGUCGCAGAUCACAAGGCCAUGAUUCAUCUGAAAGUGAGGGGGAGGAACUUGUCUCUCCUCCAAAGAGACAGAAAGUUCAGGAUUCCACUGGGACUCCGAACCCUCCCACAUCCACACACUCCACAGACAGCCUGGCUCCGGCGACCGUUCCACCUCAAACCUCGGCUGCCAAUCAAUCACGGGAAAGUGACAAUGAAGACGGCCAGUCACAGGGUAGCAGGAGUUCUGCUGUUGGGAGCCUGGCCAAUAGUAGCAGCAGUAUAAGCAGUGGGCGGGACAUAGACCAGGACAAUCGCUCCUCAUCACCUAGCCUCUCGGCUUCCCCGCUGGGUAGCCUGGACUCCGAUUCUGAUGGUCCCGACUCUCCAAAGCAAGUAGAGAGGGAAAAGGGAAAAGAAGGAGGAGCAGGGAAAAUAGCUGAGGAGAACAGACGGACUCCGCGAGAGGGAAGGGAGGAUUCCAGUGGCGAUGGAGAAAAGCCGGACAUGGAUGCACGCAUGGAGGAUCGUCCAGCACUUAAACCGCCCUCCACCGCCGGCUCCUCUGCUGGUCUCAACCCUACUUUAUGUGGGGCAGGGGAUCUGUCUAAUGACGGCUCUGGUGGGAGAAAAUAUUUUCCUCUGGACUCCAAAAUAAUGUGCAAGGUGGAAUACAGUGGACCGACAGGUGUUGAUGGUGCACUUUGUGGCAAUAGAAUGAAUUCCAAAGCUAGCACACAGUGUGUGACCAAGACAGCAAUGUCAAGUGGAGACUUUCCACAUAAUAGCUCCAGCAUUCCCCACUCCUUGCCCCCACCUCUUCCCCCUCCUCCUGCCCUAAAGCCCUUGGAGCUUGGAGGACAAAACAUGCCUAUUGAGGUUAAGUCCGAAAGAGACAAAAUAGAAAAGCCAGAUAAACUCCUUGACAAGGCUCGGUCAACUCCCCCCUCGCUGCUGCCCCAAACUGGCUCCCAAACACAGUCACAGCAUCAGCCCCAACCCACUACUCACCCGCACCACUACAGCUCCACCAGCUGGCAGGGUGGUACACCCGCUGGUUGCCAAGGGAGCUGGGGCUACUCCCGUUACCCUGGAAACCACCACACUCACCAGCACCAACCCCCUGUGCAGCAGCAGCAACUUCCCUCGGUUUACAACCCUCCAUCCUCUCGCCACACCUCACACACCUAUCUUCCCCAUUCUCACCCUCAUCGGGAGUACCUUCCCAGAUAUACUGGUGGGGUUGGGGGCGGAGACAGGGGAAAUGCAGGUGAAAGGGAGAGAGGUGAGCGUGCGGAGUGUGGUGCGACAAACAGGGAAUUUUCUGCUCCCAACAAUAUCAGUGGAGCUAACAGUAAUAGUGGCUGUGGUGGACUUGGAGGACCAAACAACAUCCAAGGGAGAGACUUUGGUGCUCUGCCUGUGGGUCACAAUCGGGAGUUCCAUGGUUCGGCCAGAGACGGACCAAAUAAUAUGGGCCCAGAAAGAACCGAAAGAAGAGACUUUGUUCCCUCUUUUAGAGACAGGGAACGAAACAGAGAAAGAGACCGAGAUGGUGGGGCAGAGUUAAGUGUACAGAACCAAAAUCAGACCAGAGACUUUGGACCUAGUGGACCUGGAGGAACCCAUCCAAGAGACAAGGACAGUGGUAGGUGGGGUGAUUUUGGAGGCCCUACAAGAGAGGUUCUGGGCAACACUCUAAAUGAUAACUCUAUUACACAAGGGAACUCCCAAAGUUCUAACAAUGGACUACCUGGUAACCCAAUGCUUAAUAGAGACACACCUGCAUCCCCCCAAAACAAUACCAGCCACACUUCCAUUUCCUCUCUUCCACCGCAUUCCCAUGCUCGUCCUCCAAAUUCAGCAAACCGGGACUUUCCCACUCCCGUUGACCAGACACAAGCACCCUCCACUGGGCCCCCUGUUGACUCGUUUCACAAAGACUAUUCUCCUUCUGUGGGAAAGGAUUUUCCCCCUGGGCCAUCCCCAGUCAGUGGCACGAAUCGGGAGUACCUCAGUCCACCAGUGGUCACCUCAAACCUUGGACGAGAAUAUUCAGGGCCUGGGGGACCACAGCAUCUUCACCCAACUCACCCUCACUACCAAUCCGGCCCUCGAGAUAGAGAGAGGGACCAGAAUCUGCGUGAUGCAGCAUUAUACCAAAACCGUGGAGGCACUGGUCAACCUCCUGCACUUUCUCCAUCCUCAAGUGCAAGUCACCAUGGUCACCCUCCGAGCGCUCCUUAUCCCCCUCCACAACCACAGCCUCCUCUUGGCUCUCCUCAAACCUCUCAUGGUCAGUUGCCUCCCCCAGCUUUGGCGUCUAACGCACGCCCCUCGCACUUCCAGUCCUCCACCCAUACUCCUCCAACACCACCAUCACCAUUACCAAGCCCUUCUACGAACCAGAUGGGAGGAUUCUCACCCUUUCCUGCGGGAUCCACUGCACCAAACAUGCCUCACUCUGGUCCCAGUGUAUCGUCGAGCUGCUCUCCGGGAUGCCGCCCUCCUCCAUUGCAUGGCACUUUGAACAGCCACUCUCCUUUUAGUGGAACCUAUCACUCCUCUAAUGGGAACAGCGGGAGCAACCUGGUCAACAGCAAUAGCAGCACUAGCACAACCAAUAGCAAUACCAGCUCACAAUCACUCUCCCCUCAGAAUAUAGCAAAGGGGCCCCAAAUCCUUAGUAACAACAGCAGCUCAAACCCUGCAGCUGGUCCUCCACUUUCUGGGGGAGAUGGCCAUUCAGAUUCGACUCCAACUCCUACAGCGGUCAUCAAGGAGGAACCGAUUGAAGACAGAGAAGAGAUAGAAAGUCCUCCUCUUGUGUUGAGAAGCCCGUCACCUGAACCCAAGCCGGUGGACAUUCCCAUCCAUGCCAGCCAAUCAGCGAGGUUUCACAAGGUCCUUGACCGUGGAAGUGGGAAUUCCUGUGCCCGGAGCGAUGUGCUCUUUGUUCCCUUGGAUGGUUCUAAGCUGUGGAAGAAAAGGAAUGAGGUGAUAGAGAGAGCCCGCAGAGAAGUGGAGCAGCGAGCCAGAGAUUUGAGGGAAAAAGAAAGAGAGCGAGAAAGAGAGCGAGAGCGAGAGAGGGAACUGGACCGACAACUACAGCAACAAAAGGACGUCAGCGCUGCUGCUGGCAGUCGCCAACCCUCUUCGCUCUUCUUCCCCUCCUCAUCUUCAAUCAUGCUUGACCCUUCGUCAUCAGCCUCGGCUUGUCCAGUUAACCCCUCUGGUCACCACCCACCUCACCACCAGCAUCAUCCAUCUCAUCCACAUGCACACCUUGCACAAGCACACCCUCUCCACCCAGCCAUAUCUCAAUCAAUCCCCCAUUCCCUGCUUCUGCCGUCCAUGGCGGGAGCAUCAGCAGUGGUUGGAGGCCCUCAGGGUGCCCUGGGAAUUGGUAUAGGAGGUCCUUAUCUAGGCCCUGAUACCCCGGCCCUGAGAACCCUGAGCGAAUACGCUCGUCCACAUGCCAUGUCUCCGCUUGGAGCAGCAAGUCGUGCCCAAGCCCACCACCAUCCUGUUCACCAUGGUCACCCUCAUGUUCACCCCUCAUUCUUCCUUCCUCAGUUCCAAAAUCAUGCCCUUGCUCACCCACAUCACCUGCCCACUGAUGCUGCGACUGCUGCGGCCAUCUUGGGCUUUUUGUACGGUGGCAGUCUUGAAGGUGGCCCAGGUGUUGGGGGGCAUCCUGGGGUAGCAGGAGGGCCAGUACCUGGGGGAAUGGGUGGAGCUGGUUUAGGAGGAGUCAGCUUCCCUCAUGCAGUAUCUGCACACAGAGAUAGACUGAAACCUGGGUUUGAGUUUAAGAGUGAUGAACGGAUUUACCCACCAGGGUCCAUCCAUGAUCCAGCGGCUCUUGCCCUUGCACACUCUCAUUCUCAUGCCCAUGCUAAUGCCCAUGCACAUGCACACUCCCUGCUACUUGGGGGAGGUGCAGCAGGAGCUAAUGAGGUUUCAAUCUAUUGCACUCCUCCUCCAGCUCCUCCUGGCCCACCACAUCUCCAGAACCCAAACCUAGCCCCAGUGACUCGACCUCCUAACCCCCCUGCCCCUCAGUCCCUGUCUAAUCCACCUUCUGCGUCUCUCCUACCCCCUUCCCUCCCCUCUCACCCUUCAUCAGUGCCACCCGCUGCCCAAAGUGCCCCGACUGCUCCCCCUCCAGCACCUCCACCAGCUCCCCCUCCUCCCGCUCCACCAACCACAAACGCCACUUCUCUUCAUCACCCGGUUCCCCAUUCUUCCUUCCCUAGUUCCCUGCCCUCUCAUCUGCCACCAGCCACCGCUCCAGCAGCCUCCUCAGAGACUUACCCCGCUCCCACUCGCUCCCCUGCUUCCUAUGAGAGAGACAGAAGCACUGAGCGAGAACGAGAAAGGGAGCGAGAAAGAACUGCCUUGCCAGCCUUUGGGGAACGAGAGCGCGAAAGAGAGAGGGAGCGUGAGAGGGGAGGAAAUGGAGGAGGUGCAGGAGGAGGAAAUGCCGGAGGAACAGGUGGAGCAAGUGGAGGAGAGAAUGUUGGGCGUCUCCAGAUGUUAAACGUGACGCCCCAUCAUCACCAGCAUUCACACAUCCACUCACAUCUCCACCUGCACCAGCAAGACACAGCGGCGGGCGGGGUUCACCCCCUGAUGGACCCGUUGACGUCGGGCUCCCCUUUGGCUCGCCUCCCGUACCCAGCAGCCACAAUAGGAACCCCGAUCCUGGCACACCCCCUCACUGACAGCGAGGUGCUUCGCCAGCAGCUGUUCGGUGAGGAGAAGGCUCCUCGUCCAUGUGCUCCCUUCCGUGACCUGCCUCAACCGUCCUCCCUCACUGGUCCCAUGUCAGCAGCCCAUCAGCUCCAGGCCAUGCAGCAGGCCCAGAGCGCAGAGCUGCAGAUCCAAAGACUGGCCCUGGAACAGCAGUGGAUCCAUCACCACCACCACCACUCCCUCACCCAGGAUGAGUACUACAGUCACCUGAAGAAGGAGAGCGACAAGACUCUGUGAGGGAGCGACAGCAGCAGCGAGGAGAGCCGGGAGCGAGAAACGUUGCACUGAAAACAAAGAUGGAGCAGAGACUCUUAAAGCAAGAGUGGAGGAAGAUGGCGAGCAGGAGGAACAAUGUUGCACACUGUGGAAGCGGGACUGGGCUUCCUGCCUGGCGUCCUCACACUCCAGCGCUGUGUUGUGUCGUCGUAGAUGGUCAAGUACAGUCCGUGUAAAAUACUCGACGCCGGAAGGAAUGUGUACAUCUUUUCUGUCUUUGCAUGUAGCUAGCCGCUUCUUCUCAUCUGGUGGAACUUUUGAUUUUAGUGAGGAGGCCCUCCUUCGUACCUGGGCAUUGUAUAUGCAUGAGAUAAUGUUUUCAACCAACAGUAUCGUUCUUAUGAUCACCGUCGUCCGUCUGUUGAUAAUGAUAUAAUUAUAUAUACAGUAAAAUAUUAUUUGUAUUAUUUUUUUACAUUUUCAUGGUAUUGCAGUCUGUUUUUAUCGUUUAUUUUCCACUUGUGAAACAAACUAAAAGGAGGAGGGAAAAAAAUAAUCUGGAAAUAAAUUAUAAUCCUUUUU